CCUGUUUUAUCACACGAAAAUCUAAGAUGUGCAGCAAUACUCUACAAUAUGUCGAAUAAGGGAAAUAGUCAGUUGUCCUUCAUCAGCAGAACCAAACACGCCAAGUCCAAUAAUGAAACAUCUUCUCAUCAUUUCUGUCCUUGUCGCUAUCGGGGCAGGAGCGCCCCGAGAUCUUUCCGAGCGCAUUGCGGGCGGAAGCCUAGCGACCGAAGGAGAGUUUCCGUACAUCGCUUCCGUUCAACUUGAACAUCGCCACUAUUGCAGUGGUAUGAUCUACAAUGACCGGUGGAUUUUGACGGCAGCUUUUUGUGUUUCUGGGUUUCUACCGAGUCAGCUACAAGUCGUUGUUGGCAUUGUAAGCUUUAUAUCGCCGUCUGCUCAACAGCAAACUAUUGCUGUGUCUUCAGUUGUCACCCACCCUCAAUACGACAAUGUCACAAAAUUGAACGACAUCGCACUGAUAUCCCUGAACCGCCCGAUACUUUUUGGCUCUGCUGUUCAAGAGAUCCGAUACGACGAGGUUGACGAAGCAAUUCCUACGGCUAUUACAAUGGGAUGGGGCGCAUCAAUGGAGGGUGGUGUAGAGGUGACGAAACUUCGUAAAACAGUUCUGACAUUACCCCUAGAUUGUUCAAGUUACGGUGCGACAGAAUUCAACUUUAACUACAUGAUUUGUGCUGGCAGUGAUGUUUCGAGCCCGUGUCACUACGACGAAGGAUCUCCGUUAGUACAAAAUGGUAUUGCGGUCGGAAUAAUGUCUAAGAACAAGGGCUGUACAGCUCCUUACAUCCCAAGCAUUUUCACUCGGUUGUCUGUAUAUUAUUACUGGAUAAAUGCUGUCGGAGGCCAGCAAGCAAUUACAACAUCUUCUACUCCUGCAACAACAUUAUCUACAGUGAAACCUACAGUGCCAACCGCCCCGUGUAUUAAUUGCGAGACUCCAACCACCACUAUUCAGCCAACAAUUCCAACAGCACCUUGUAUUAAUUGCGAGACGCCAGCCCCCACUACGACUAUUGUGACAACAGUUCCAACAGCUCCGACAGCACCUUGCAUCAAUUGUGAGACACCAACCACCACUACUACUAUUAAGACAACAAUUACUGCUCCGACAGCUCCUUGUUUAAAUUGUGAGACCCCAACAAGCACCACUCCUAAGCCAAUUAUUCCGACAGCUCCCUGCUUUAAUUGCGUUCCCUAGUAUUUUCGGAAGGGCAUUCGUUUUUUAAGGCUUAAAAAUAUAUGUAGACUAAAUCACGCCUUGAUGCCAAUAUUCAUUCUAUUUAGCAAAACUGGGGGAUCAUAAAAGGUUUUUAGAUUAGUAAAACAUUAUUGCAAAUUGGAAAUAUAAGUUAACCUUCAUUAUACUCUGAUACUGAUUAGGUAUUAACGGUAAAAUACACUACCUGCAGCAAGUA